AGUUGACGUUGUAAUAUUUUUAUUUCAUUCAAUUUUAUCCAAUUUGGUACUAUAAUAAAAGCGAAUUACUAUAAAUAAAUCAUGAUUUCUAACAGUACAGUUUCACAAGAUGAGGACAGAAUACAGAAACGUGUUAAUAAAAUACUUGAAACGCGUUUGGAAACAGAUAAAGAUACAUUAGAUGCGUUAGGAGAGCUUUCUACUUUCUUUACAGAAAAUACUUUGCAAAACCGUCGCAAUUUGCGUAGUCAAAUUGAACGUCGUUCAGUUGGUAUAAAUGAAAAUUUUUUAAAAGCGUUCCGUGAAGUUAAAGUAUCUCUGGACGCAGUUUGUGAUGAAUUAGAUGAAAUGAGUAAAUCAGUGCAAACGAUGAAAACUAAAUUGGAAUCUUCCAAAGCACUAACACAUGACCUUAUUACUCAAACAAACACAUUACAAGAAAGUCAACAGCGAUUAGAAGUGCAACAGCAAAUUGCUGAAGCAUUUUUAGGGCGAUUUCAAUUAAGUGUUCCAGAACAUCAGUUACUUUAUGGUACAACUAAAGAUGCACCAAUAGUUGCUGAAUUUUUUGAUAUAUUGGAUCGUGUACAAGCUAUACAUGCAGAUUGUCGUGUAUUAAUGCAAUGUGGUUAUCAAACUGCUGCUUUGGAUAUAAUGGAAGAAAUGACACUUCAUCAGGAAGGAGCGUUAGAACGGCUUUAUAGGUGGACACAAAAUCAUUGUCGUAGCUUGGAAAAUAAUGAGGUUGGUCCAUUGGUAGUACAAGCAAUGGUCCGUUUACAAGAUAGGCCUGUCCUUUUUAAAUACGUGAUCGAUGAGUAUGCAAUAGCACGACGUGCUGUUUUAGUUAGGCAGUUUAUAGAGGCUCUUACAGAAGGUUCCAAACCUAUUGAAAUGCAUGCACACGAUUCAAAACGAUAUAUUGGUGAUAUGUUUGCAUGGCUUCAUCAAGCUAUUCCAACCGAAAAAGAAAAUCUUACGAUGCUGCUAAAGAAAUGCGACAAAAAUGACAUAACCGAUCAAAUGCAAACUGCUUUAGCGUAUAUUGCAGACGGAGUUUGUCAUCCAUUAAAAGUAAGAGUAGAUACCAUAUUAAAUUCAGAAAAGGAUACAAUAGUAUUAUUUGCACUUUCGAAUUUGUUGCGGUUUUAUCAACAAAUAAUUAAGCAGGUAGUCAAAGGUGGUUCUUUAGAACAGUGUUUAGUGGAUCUACAGAAAUCCAGUGAAGAGAUAUAUUUAAAUUCUCUAUCGUCACAAGUGCGCUCAGUAUUACAACGUCCUGCCAGCGUUGCAAUCGGUUUAGAACCACCUCAGCGUGAUCUUGUUCCACCAGCUAGUGUGGGCCGUUUGCUUAACAUGUUGAAAGAAAUUUUAUCUGUAGCUACAAUGGUUGAUGAGCGUCAAACUGAUAUAACAAAAAUAGUUUCGUGUGUUAUUGAUCCUUUAUUGCAAUCUGUACAAGAAUCUGCCUCACAUUUACCAACUAUAGAUAUGGCUGUUUAUUUACUUAAUUGUUUGUAUCAUAUGCAAACUACCUUAACAGUUUACGAGUAUAUGGAUGAACGUGUUGAACGAUUACAGGCACAAUCUGAGGCACAAAUUGAUACAUUAACUUCUGAGCAGGCAUCGUCGUUGGUAGCAAAUUUGAAUUUAGGCCCCAUAUACACAAUUUUGCAAAAUAAUCAAACUAAAAUUGAAACGAAUCUAUUAAAGAUUUUUAUGAAUAAAAUGAAUGGAUUCCUAGAGAUGCCUGAUAUUUUGCUUCUACCACAAAUUCAAUUAUUAAUGUCAAGUGCACAUCGCAAUGCGGUGCAAAAACGUUCAUUCAGUGUUAUUGUUGCAAUUUAUAAACAAAUUUAUGAAAGAGUAUUUGAUCCUGAGAAUGGAUUCGAACAUCCUGAAGCUAUAUUACCAAGAAGUCCAGAACAAGUUGCGCAAAUUUUAACUGUUUAAAUUAGAAAAGAUAUUGCUUUUGUAUAUAGUUUAAUUAAAGUAUAGCUUUACAUAAUAAAUAUUUCAUAAUU